AUGAAUCUUUCCGGCUACAGUGACAGAUUGGGCCAGGCUGCGGCAGACAUCGACGUUCUGACUUACCAGCAUCCAGCGGUAUUCCACUGUCUGACAAGUAGUGCUUUCGUGAGGGCAAAGGUUAAGUGUAAGAUGUUGGUGGCUAGCCGCGAGGAUCAGGAACUUCGCAUGCGGUGCAACAAGCAUUUUCCAGCUGGUAUGACUUUCAAUGCUGCUAGCAAGCUUUCGUCAGACGCAGCGGAUGUGGCUAGGCGAAUGCUCCUGGCACACGUGGUUUGGAAGUCAGACAAAGACUUCAACAAACACCUGGCGAAGAUCCAGAAGGUGUCAGAGAAAGUCUCCACUGUCGUCCUCCACGUUGACUUGCAUGCCAGCAAAGCAGCUUAUUUCCGGCUCGUUUUGGAGACCGAAGAGUCUGACUUAAUUACUGGCAACGGUAAGAGAUGUCAAUUGGCCGAGGAGUUCCAAGGACAUCCAUCGCAGCAGUCAGACCGAAGUUGUUUCAUCCUCAUGUUCUCCAGCUCUGGUGAGACCGUUGCUUCCGAGACAAAGACCAAGUAUCGUCAAGUCCUGGAGCAGUUGGAGCAUGACCUCGGGACUUAUCUCGCCACUGGAGGUGCGGAGGCUGGAAAAUACCCACGAAGCACGUGUGACACCAGGAACAUCCUCAAGGGGGCGUUAGACCGACCGACUUCGGUCUUCCUGGAUGGAGGUCGCAAGACUAAGAGGUUCAAGGUGUUGGACCCGCAGUUCGAGGUGGUGGCCUCGCAUCUGACUGCAAAUUCGAACAUGCUAUGUAAGACGGAUGCAGACGUCGCAGAGUUGACUCUUGCCGAGACCUCUCGUUUGCAUGGGUGCACGUUCGACUUAAGUCUUUGCAACCAUUUCUUUGCAUGUCAGACGCUGGCGGCCAUGGCUUCUGUGCCCAAAGCAGCGAUCAUGCUGCUGCUGGCCGGCCUCAACUUUGGUCUGUCUGCAUCUUAG